GAGAGAGAGAGAGAGAGAGAGAGAGAGAGAGAUCAUGUGAUGAAGGCGUGAGCUUGGCUUUCUGGGUUGUGAUGUCAGACACUCACACACACACGCGCACACACAGAAACACACACACACACACACACACACACUGUACAGGCUUACAAUCACACUGUCUUAUGUUUGCUGGUACCGAAACCUGAACGAGGCAUUAGGCGGGCGGAUAAACAACCUCCGGUGUGCUGCUGUCUGCUGAUCCGGGAGCAGGAGCUGAGCAUCAAUGCCUCCAGGUUACCUCUCACAUAUCGGCCUGGACCUGUUCUCAUCAUCGGGCCUCCUGCGCUGAGAUAAUGAAAGGAUGGCCGAGCAGCGGUGCGGGGACCACGGAGGGCUGACGGAUGCUGCUGCAGCGACUCACCGGGAUGAGCAGCGGCAUCACAGCACCAUGAAUCCCACGGAGGACGCGGGAGCGGAGGACCUGUCUUUGGAGGAGAUACUUAGGCUUUAUAGCCAGCCCAUCAACGAGGAGCAAGCUUGGGCGGUGUGUUACCAGUGCUGCAGGACGCUGGCGAAGGGACACCGGGGCAGGAGGAGCUCCGCCGCCGCCGGAGCUUCAUCAGCCUCGGCUCCUACAAGGAUAUCCGGACCGGCGGAUGUUAGGAUACAAAAGGACGGGUCUGUGAGGGUGCAACACCAGGGCUGUGAAGGUAAAUACAGCCCUUGCACAACAACAGAGGUGAUUGAGUCUCUGGGCAUCAUGAUCUACAAGGCUCUGGACUAUGGGCUGAAGGAGAAUGAGGAGAGGGAGCUCAGCCCUCCCCUGGAGCAACUCAUCGAUCUCAUGACCAACAUGGCCGAAGCUGAGAAGGACGCCUGCCCCGACGAAGGCUACGAGGCCACAGAGGAAGAGGACGAGGCAGAGGAUGACCCUGACAACAUCUGCAGUGUUCAUGGCUACAGAGAUAUCCUCAAGCUGUGUACAGGUCAUCUGCCCAGUCUGUCAGACGCCCCCAGUCACUACCAGGCAGUGUGUCGGGCUCUGUAUACAGAAACCAGAGAGCUACGCACUUUCCUGGAGAAGAUCAAGAGUGCCAAAGAGAACCUCCGUAAGAUGGAGGAAGAGGCGUCAGAGGAGCCUGGUCGAGACCUGAACGAGCUACAGAAUGCUGACUGGGCAGUGAUAAAAGAACUUCUCAGGAACCAUGUUGAGAGGGAUAGAACCACUCCCCUUGAUGAAGCCUCCUUAUUCAGUGUGCACAGAGAGGCUCGAUUCUGGGUUCAGGUGAUGAGGGACCUGCGCGAAGGAGUCAAGCUGAAAAAGGUGCAGGAGCGCCAGUACAACCCUCUGCCCAUCGAGUACCAGCUCACUCCCUAUGAAAUGCUCAUGGACGACAUCAGGUCUAAACGCUACAAACUGCGCAAAGUCAUGGUGAAUGGAGACAUCCCUCCCAGGUUAAAGAAGAGCGCUCAUGAAGUCAUCCUGGAGUUCAUCAGGUCCAGACCACCUCUCAACCCUGUGUCAGCCCGUAAGCUGAAGCCACAGACACAGCCUCCUCCCACGCUGCAUGAGCGCAUCCUGGAGGAAAUCAAAGCAGAGAGGAAACUUCGACCCGUGUCGCCGGAUGUGGUCCGCAGGGGAAGGCUGGGUUUUGGCAAAACUCGCAGUAUGCCACAGGACUUGUUUCGUACAGGAAUAGACGAAUUUAGUCCGUACAUGGGCAGGAGGACGUCCAGCUCUCUGUCUCUGACCAAUGGAUCAGCAUCUCCCAGAGAAGAGCCCUCUGGAUCUCAGUCUGUACCCCAGAGGAAAAGACUUCUGAAGGCUCCCAGCCUCGCAGAGCUGGACAGCUCGGACUCUGAUGAUGAGAUUGUUGGGCGCAGAUCAGCAAGCAACUCCAGUGUGGCUACGUCUUUGAUGGAUGAUACAUCCCCAGAGUCUGCGCUCGGGAAGAAAACUCCCCCACUGUUCCUCCCAAUCUCCUCUACACCCCAGCCAGAGAGGCGUCAGACCUCCCAGAGAAGACACUCCAUUGAGAAGGAAACCCCAACCAAUGUCCGACAGUUUCAGCCACCCUCCAAACAGAGUUCUAAGUCUCUGGAGGAGUUCUGUUUCCCUGUAGAGUGCUUGUCUCUGACGGUGGAGGAGGUGAUGCACAUCCGACAGGUACUGGUUAAGGCAGAGCUGGAGAAGUUCCAGCAGUAUAAAGAUAUCUACAAUGCUAUGAAGAAGGGAAAGCUUUGCUUCUGUUGUCGAACCAAAAGGUUUUCCCUUUUCACCUGGUCCUACAUCUGCCAGUUUUGCAAAAAGCCUGUGUGUUCACAGUGCUGCAAAAAGAUGCGGCUGCCUUCCAAACCCUAUUCCAGCUUGCCCAUUUACUCCAUCGGUUCAACAAACACUCUUCCCAGGGACAGGAUAAAUGCCAUGUCUGCUGUAGGACAGGGACUCUCUGUGGCUGGAGAGCCGAGGCCGUCAGCAGCGGGAGGAGCUGCAGCGUCCCCUUCUUUGAAAGAAGCAACAACAGGAGCAUCUAAAGGAGCUGGAAAAGCUUCCGGAGCAGCAGCAGCUAAAUCAGAGAAAUCCUCCAGCAGCCCACGGCGCCAAAGCAUUCACAAGACCAUGUCCAAGUUUUCGAAGCACGGCUCUUUAAAGUCUCAUGAAGAACUAGAGCUUCCCUCUGAGCUGACGGAGGACUGGGCCACCAUGGAGGUGUGUGUGGACUGCAAGAAGUUCAUCUCUGACAUUAUCGCCUCCAGCAAGCACAGUCUGUCUCUGGCCACCAAGCGGGCUCGCUUAAAACGCAAGACCCAGUCCUUCUACAUGUCCUCCCCUAAAGGAAGGGAGGAGUACCGGCCCUCUGAACGAACAAUCAAGGAGAUCUAAACUGCUUCUCUCUAUCUGUCUCUCUGACUGCUUCCAGCUCCAAUGGCAGAAUUAUAUAAAGACUCAACUCUGGAUAUGAUCUUACUGUACAUGUACUGUAUACUUAAGUCAGAUAAAGCUGUCAGCAUGGCUGAUAUGAACCUCUGUGGUGGACAGUGUGGUUUUUGUUGCUGUGUCCUGAUCAUCAUGUACAGCUCCUCCAGACAACAGCAUAAUGUAGAUCUACCAAUCAUUUUUUUUAUCAUAUCAUAGAUGAUCAUUUAAUCUCUGCUCACAGACUUUUGAAAAAGACAAGAACUGAGCUGAUGACUAAUGACAAUGCCUCAAAAUGGAAUGACUUCCCUCCCCUCUUAUGGCACAACAGCGUGGUCCACCCCAACUCACAUUAAAAUCAAUAAGCACAAGACAGAAGACUGAUGUGUGUUUGACUCCCUCAGGCACUGACACUGCAGGAGACACAAGGCCUGCAGAGAAAUCAUGUUGCGAAGCGUGACAAUAAGAUGUGGAAUAUUAAGCUGUAUGGGUUUUUAAUUUUUUAUUUAGUUUUUUAUACACUUGUCUGUACAGUAAAUGAUUGUUCAAUGAAAAGUCAUCCCCAGUUUGAGGCUUUCCCCCCAUGUUCCCCUUUACCAAGCACACCUGAAGGCAUGCUUCUGUUUUUGUGGGGGGAAUCAGGGGUAAAGUUUCCCAACAUAUAAGUUUUAUCACCACAGAUUACACCACAUUGAGAAAAUCAUCUGUUUUUAUGCAGGUUUAGUGCCAAAUAAUGUCUCAUCUCUUUGUUAGCCCCUUUACCCCCCAAAAGUCUUUUCCCCUGAUGUAUGUUUGCAGCGGUCUUGCAACAAAAUGAUGUAACAAACUGGACUGACCCCUGCUUAUUAUUACUCCUGAAAAUGUGCUUUCAAAUCUUAGGAAUUUCUCUAUAUAGAUUAAAUAUUCAUGUCAAAAUAAGCCACACUAAAAUUUAAAGUUCAUACAUUCUUAAGAAGUCAGCUAAUCUGCUUCAUCAGGACUGUGUGGAUGUGGUUUGAUCAGAUUUGAUUGACAGUGGUCUGUUAACAGUUAUGAUUGGUGCAUGAAAAUACAUGACAUCACAUGUUUCCAGCUGUUUCCAGCCCUGCCCAAUUCAAACCAGUGACAAGAGCACCAGAAAAAAUACAGAAAUCUCUCAUGUGAAAUAACAAAAACUGUAACUUUGACAGAGAAGUUGCGUUCACAUGGAACUGGUUGAGAAAAUAGGUUUUCAGGGCUUUUAAAGCACAAUUUCUAACCAUAUAUUCAUACUAUAUGUUCAUUUACAACCAUUAUUUACUUGCAUCACUCAGAUGUGCACAGAAGCAGGGACGGAAACAUAAUGGCCUGCAACGCUAUGUGUAGGAUAUUUCAGACUUGCCUUUUAAUUUUUGCAUUUUUAAAUGUAAUUUUGAGUUGACAAGUACAUAGUGAACUCUUUGCUUGGAUUUGAAGAUAUUACUUCAAAAGGAGCAAUUAGCAUCAUGUCAAAUAAAUAUUCUAUAGUAUAUUUACUUCGGUUUUUACUACAUUAAGUUCCUGACUUGUGUUUGCAUCGUGUGAAUAAUGAUAAGAAUAAAAUGUCUAAUUUUCAUGUUUUUGUACAGAUGUACAGUUAAAGAAACCCAGGUCACUGUACAGUCAACAACAAAAAGAAACAUACUGUCCUGCUCUGCUGUUCGACACGUACAAUAAGUCAUAAUAUAAUGCCUUUAUGAUUUUCCUUUGUCAUCCAGAGUCUCAUAGGUAAGAAGAAAUACCUGACAUGUGGCCUGGAUAUGUGUUUUAUUGUACAUCACAUUCCUCAUCUUCCUCCCAAGAUGUUUCUGCCUUAAAAAUGCCUUUCAUGGUCACACUCAUAUGUUGAACAGUCAUCUACUGUUACUGUACAUACUUUCUUUCUAAGGGUUUGUUCGUAGAUGAGAUCUGUGUUGCCUCGAUGAUAUAUCGACAGAGACUGCUGUAGAUCUGUGUCUCUGAGAGAAAAUACUAUCCUAGUACAGUGUGUUCAGGUAAUAGUGAAGGGGAGGAGUGGGACGUCCACAGAAGAAACCUCACAGUGUGACAGCAUCAUGCAUGUACUACGGUGUAGCUUUAUACCUUCAGUCAGUAUUACCUUCAAGCUGUAACUCCUUGCAGAGAGUGCGACAAAUGAUGACUACAUCAAUAAACACUGAUGCAA